AUGUUGCCGGAGAAGAGCGAUUCUGGUUCAGCCAAGGAAGAUGUGCCACCUGCAAACACUUCCGCUCGCACAUUUUCAUUGACUGUCGAUGCCGACGUGUGUCGCAGCCAAAAUGAAGCGAGAUCGCCAUAUCAGCCUCUCCAGCAUCAGGUUGGCCAAUUUCAAAUUCAGCUACCUGGUACAAAGGGUUCCGGCUCGUCUUCAAAUGACACAAGCGACCACAACCCGCAUAAUCCCUUCUGGAGCCGAUCAGAGGAGCUUCAUAAUGGUCAAAGGUCUUCUGAAUCUGUAAAUCUCCUAGCAAGCGGGCCGCCCGAUGUUAGUGGGAUAUCUUUACAUGCAUAUGCAGGACCGGAUUCUAAGCACUUGUAUCCGCAUGCCGAAGACCAGGGUACACUCCCUCGCGACCGUAGGCUGAGGCCAAAUGAUCAUGCAAAAGUUUUCCAACCAGAAGUGAUGACUCUCACUACUAAUGAGGAUCUUUCGCCGGGAAUUAGCUCGCAGGUGCAAACAGAUAUUGCCUCGCCCUUUUUGAACCAAACAAUGGGCUCCACCAUAAACUGGCUUUCGAAUGAUAUGCUACUUUCUACUGCCGGUGAAAGGUCUGUUGCACCCGAACUGUCAUCAGACCCUCUUCAAUGGGGUGCCUUCAACAGCUCUUGGGGACGAGCAGCAUGGCUUCCUCCGGUUAUCCCCAUGGGACAUGGCCCGAAUUUACCAGAUAUUGCCUCCCAAGUGCCAUCUGGGAAUCCUUCCCUCGGCUCAGAUAUGGAAGACCAUGAGAAACACGGCGAUAGUGCUCGACUUCCUAAGCGUCGGCGUAUGCGGAGUUCCUGGCAUGUACAGCCUACGGAGCUCUCCAGCAUUGUUUCUUACGCACAACAGCCUGAUCAACCUGGGUUUUCGUUCCCCGCGGUUGAAGGGACAGGUUGUCACUCUGCUGAUCUUCCUGGACGUGAAGAGUGCACCUCGGCAUUUCAUGAGUUUCUCCGACGAGCCAUAGCUGUUGAGAAGGAGAAAUUCCGCGCAGAGCAUACGCCUCUUUGGCUGCUUCAAGCACUGGCGCUUAACCACAUCGGAUUGCUUCACGGAAAUAAUGAACGCGCCAGGUCAUACGCUCUUGGAAGCUUUGGCGAACUAGUCAACCUCGUAAUUAAUGAGGGAUUGUUAGUUCGCUCGACCCAGGCGACCCUCUUCUCGAGUGAGAACUCGCAGGAACAACAAUGGGCUUUGUGGAUCGAAGAUGAGCUUAGGAGACGAACAGGCUAUCUAAUCUGGCUUUUGGACUGUACACGUACAUAUCAGUUUGACAGCCACCCAAUACUCUCUAUUGAUGAUGGCCUUGCUCCACUGCCAUCCCACGAAACCAUCUGGGAGGCAAAGUCCGCCGGUGCCUGGAAACAGCUUCAUGAUAAGACUCUAGGUCAAGAGAACCUUUCCCUGUACAAUGCGCUUCUCGUUAUCUAUAUCGAAAAAAGGCUCGCCCCUGGUAUGGGAGAAUUCAGUCAUGUUCUCCUAAUACAUGCUCUUUAUCAUCGGAUGUGGGAGGUGGAGGACUAUUUUCGCCGCCCUUUGUCAUUUUGGAACCCAACUGCGAGGAAACAAUCUCAAGAAUCGGCAAUCCCUUCGGGCUCUGUGUGGCUUCCGGGUAUCCCUUCAUAUUCAAAAUGGCGGAAUAGCGCCUGCGACUGCUUGGACAUUCUCCACUGGACAGCAAACAGCGCGAUUUCUAAAGCUGUUGGCUUUGAACAUCCUACUGUGCUGCAUCUCCACGAAGCCCGAAUCGUGCUACUGACGCCCUUCCACAAAAUCCGGUCAUUAGCUACUUCUCUAGCAACAGAGAAAAUUCAUUGGAAUGAGAGACAGCAAACCCUAGAAUGGCAUUACAUAUUGCAGUGGAUCAAACACGACCAAUACAAGGCCCGUCUAGCAAUCAUACAUGCGGUUCCUUCAGCCACGCAAACAAUCCAGGAACCAGCUAACUACUUUUACCUGCAAUGUAGGUUUCCAAAUAGACCGCGCAAUCAUUCUCCUACGUUGCCAUUCUACGAGCUCUUUCGGGCAAUUUUCAACCCUCUAAGUGAGAUCAAGAAGAAGCCUACAGGACCUUCAGCUUCACGUCCAAAAGUCGGACCAUAUGGCCAGUCUACUGCACAUCUUAAUCCCGUGGAACAAAGACGGGAUAUAAUCGAGCGCUUUAUAUCUCGAUGGAGGAAGGAAGUUGGCGACGAUAUAUAUCCCGCAUUUCGGCUGAUUCUUCCCGACAAGGAUCGUGAUCGGGCGAUGUAUGGGAUUAAGGAGAAGGUGAUCGGGAAGAUGCUUGUUAAGAUUAUGAAAAUCGACAAGAACUCCGAGGAUGGCUUCAACCUUUUAAAUUGGAAAUUACCUGGCCAAGCGGCUGCGUCUAGAAUGGCGGGCGAUUUCGCAGGCCGAUGCUUCGAUAUCAUCUCCAAACGACCAAUGCGGACGGAGGUAGGGAAUAUGACGAUCGAGGAGGUGAAUGAGAGACUUGAUAAGCUAUCUGUGGCAUCCAAGGAAGAAGACCAACUACCAAUUCUUACAGAGUUCUACCGGCGGAUGAAUCCCGAAGAGCUCAUGUGGCUGGUCCGGAUCAUUCUCCGGCAAAUGAAAGUAGGCGCAUCAGAGCGGACUUUCUUCCAUGUAUGGCAUCCGGAUGCGGAGAAUCUGUUCAGCAUCUCCAGUAGCCUUCGGCGCGUAUGCUGGGAAUUGUAUGAUCCUAACAUUCGGUUGGAGGAUGGAGAGAGAGGGAUUGCGUUAAUGCAAUGCUACCAGCCACAAUUGGCUCAGUUCCAGAUGCAUUCCCUGGAUCGGAUGAUAAGUCGGAUGAAGGCGACCGAGGAAGACCCUGUCUUUUGGAUUGAGGAAAAGCUCGACGGCGAACGUAUGCAGCUUCAUAUGGAGUCCGAUGAUACGGUUCCGGGAGGGAGAAGGUUUCGUUUCUGGUCAAGAAAAGCUAAGGAGUACACCUAUCUCUAUGGAAAUGGUAUAUAUGACGAAAACGGUGCUUUGACGAGGCACCUGAAAGAUGCAUUUGCAAAUGGGGCCGAUAGCCUGAUAUUGGAUGGCGAGAUGAUCACUUGGGACCCCGAGCAAGAUGCCCCUGCGCCGUUCGGCACGCUCAAGACCGCUGCUUUGGCCGAACAAAAGAACCCAUUUGCAAAUGGCUCCCGGCCACUCUUCCGUAUCUUUGAUAUUCUGUAUCUCAAUGGACGAGACCUCACACGGUACACACUUCGUGAUCGUCGUAAUGCGUUGCAGAAGAGCGUCAUACCUGUCCAUCGCAGGUUUGAGAUCCACCCCUACGAGGAGGCUACUAACAAAGCUGAAGUUGAAGCAGCGCUCAGGAGAGUGGUUGCAGAGGCUUCGGAGGGUUUGGUGCUCAAGAACCCUCGAUCCCCCUAUCGCCUGAAUGAAAGACAUGACGAUUGGAUGAAGGUAAAACCUGAGUAUAUGACUGAGUUUGGCGAGUCAUUGGAUCUGAUCGUAAUCGGUGGCUAUUAUGGAAGUGGCCAUCGGGGUGGUGCUCUCGCAAGUUUCCUGUGUGGAUUAAGAGCCGAUGACCCCAAUUCGCAAAAUGCGAUGAAAUGCUACUCUUUCUGUAAGGUAGGGGGAGGCUUCAAUGCCGCCGAUUUCGCCAACAUUCGGCACCAUACGGACGGCAAAUGGAAGGAAUGGAACCCUAAAAAGCCUCCUACGGCUUACAUCGAGUUAGCUGGUGGUGAUGCUCAACAUGAGCGUCCUGAUAUGUGGAUUAAGCCAGAUGACUCCGUUGUUCUUUGUGUCAAAGCAGCUUCGGUAUCUAUCAGUGAUCAGUUUCGAAUCGGACUGACAUUACGUUUCCCUCGGUUCAAAAAGCUACGGAUGGACAAGGACUGGAAGAGUGCUCUCUCUGUGCAAGAAUUUCUGGACCUCAAAUCCAAUGUGGAGCAGGAACACCAGGAGAAAGUGUUCAAUGUUGAUGAUUCACGGAGGAAGCGAGUGAAGAGGACAACUAAAAAGACCUAUACUAUUGCAGGGUACGACGAUGGGGAGGCAGAGGUCGAAUAUGCUGUGCCUUCUGGGCAAAUCUUCGACGGACUCAAUUUCUACAUUUUGACGGAUUCAACUGGCACUACCAAGAAAUCCAAGCCGGAAUUGGAGCAGAUAGUCAAGGCUAAUGGGGGCAAGAUCUAUCAGACAAACACUGCUGCUCCAGAUACAAUCUGUGUCGCAGAUCGAAGGACGGUAAAGGCAGCCGCUUUACAGAAAAAAGGAGACGUCAACAUCGUACGGCCUUCGUGGAUAUUAGAUUGUAUCCAUCAAAAUGAAGUUGACGCAGGGCUUUCAGAGCUUCGUCUUCCCCCAGAACCAAGACAUAUGUUUUAUGCGACACCUGAAAAGCAAGAAGAGGUCUCCGCCAACGUUGAUCAAUUCAAUGACAGUUAUGCUCGUAACACUACUCGGGAGGAGCUUAACGAGAUCCUGGAGAAAAUGAAUGAGAUCGACCAGUUCCAUCUCUCACAGGACUCCGAAGAAAUGCAAGAGCUCUACGAGAAAAUCCGGGGAAAGGCCGACUCCGGAUGGGAGAUGCCUUGCGGGUGGCUAUUCAAGGGCCUGACUUUCUACUUUCAGCCAAACAAGGCCGGCGAUGAUACAGAGGGAUCCUCCUCCACCAGCCAGCCAUGUCGCUUUCAGCUGGCAAGAAACACAGCCAGGUUUGCAGCGGCAAGUGUUGUCGAUUCCUCGACGAAUCGAGCCAUCACUCACAUUCUUGUGGACCCCGAUUGUCCAUCCUCAGAAAUCACAUCGCUACGCCAAUCAUUGUCGGAAAGUCAUCAGAAAAAGCUCCCGCAUAUUGUCACCAUCGAAUGGAUCGAAGAAAGCUGGAAGGACCAUACGCUCCUGGACGAAGAGAGAUUCCCACCCUCUGGCACUCCUUCGUAG